UGACCAGAAAAACUAUCAUUCUCACUCUAGCACACUCUCAAUUACUCCUUUCCACUAAUCUACGCAUCCCGGGCCGGCGCACGUUAGCCGAAGAUGGCCGCCACGACAUCAGCCGCAGCUACAUCCUCAUUCAUCGGAACACGAUUGCCCGAUGUGUACUCAAACUCGGGUCGGGUCCAGGCCCGUUUCGGGUUCGGGCGCAAGAAGAGCCCGCCGAAGAAGUCGAUAAGGCCCAGCAACGAUCGCCCGCUUUGGUUCCCCGGAGCCAAGGCACCAGAAUAUCUCGACGGAACCCUAGUGGGUGACUAUGGUUUCGACCCAUUUGGGCUUGGAAAGCCGGCGGAGUACCUCCAGUUCGAUCUGGACUCGCUGGACCAGAACCUGGCGAAGAACGAGGCUGGGGGGAUCAUCGGAACAAGGACUGAGGUGGCGGACGUGAAAUCGACGCCGUUUCAGCCGUACAGUGAGGUGUUUGGACUUCAGAGGUUUAGGGAGUGUGAGCUCAUUCAUGGACGUUGGGCCAUGCUUGCCACUCUCGGUGCUCUCACCGUUGAGUGGCUCACCGGAGUCACCUGGCAAGAUGCCGGAAAGGUGGAGCUAGUAGAUGGAUCAUCAUACUUGGGGCAACCACUUCCAUUCUCGAUCACAAGUCUGAUAUGGAUCGAGGUGUUAGUAGUUGGGUACAUUGAGUUCCAGAGGAACGCAGAAUUGGACCCAGAAAAGAGGAUUUACCCAGGAGGAAAGUUCUUCGACCCAUUGGGCCUAGCUGAAGACCCAGAAAAGAAGGCCACUCUUCAACUCGCCGAGAUCAAGCACGCUCGCCUCGCCAUGGUUGCCUUUUUGGGCUUUGCUGUCCAGGCCGCUGCCACCGGAAAGGGCCCACUCAACAACUGGGCUACCCAUUUGAGUGACCCACUUCACACCACCAUUAUUGACACAUUCACCUCUUGAAUUGAAGCUAAGAAAAAAUAACAUUCUCGAUCAGACUACUUAUUAAUCUUCUUGUACUUUUUUUUAUUCUUCAGAAGUGAGAAUGGUUGGUUGUAAACAUUUAGCUGGAUUACUCUAUCGCUCUCUCUACUUUUUCUUGUAAAAAUAUUAUUGUGAAAAUAGAGCUAUCAAUUAUGGGGA